AAAAUGGCGGUCCUCAUCGAGGGGAACCCCUGCCAAAUGGAAGUGGACUCUGGUUCCUCCAUCUCCAUUAUAGCGGAGGAAACCCUGAGGAAGCUGUGCCCCCCCCAGCGGCUGCAACUAAGGCCGGCGAACUUCAUACUCCGGGACUUUCAGAAGAAUCCGGUGCAAAUCACGGGGUGGGCGCGGGUGCAAGUCGAGCGGGGGUCCUUCUACGGCCCGCUGGACAUCCUGGUGGUAAAGCGCCAGCUUGCCACCCUGCUAGGACUGGCGUGGUUCAAACCCUUGGGGAUCCGGGUGGAAGGGGUGGGGCAAACCCUAACACCCAGGGGGUUCGGGGAGAUAUGCCAGGAGUUCCCUGACGUGUUCGAUGGUUCUCUAGGGAGCUACAAAGGGCCGGCCAUCUCCCUACCGCUAGACCCCACGGUCAGGCCGAUUCGGCUCAAGGCGAGGAGGGUCCCGUUCACUUUAAAGCCAAAAAUAGAGGCCGAACUAGACCGCCUCACAGCCCAGGGAGUCCUGGAGCCUGUGGACUAUGCCACCUGGGAGACCCCCAUCGUAACCCCUAUCAAGCCAAACGGGGAGGUGCGGAUCUGCGCAGACUAUAAAUGCACGAUAAACAAGGCACUGCAGGAUAACCCCUACCCAGUGCCGGUGGUGAGCCAUGUUCUGGCUGCCCUAGCGGGGUCCAAGAUCUUCGGGAAGCUGGACCUGGCACAGGCCUAUCAACAGCUCCCGGUAGAUGCUAAGACGGCGGAAGCCCAAACGAUAGUGACACACAGGGGGGCCUUCCGGGUGAGGAGGCUUCAAUUCGGGGUUAGCGUCGCUCCCGGGAUCUUCCAAAGUAUAAUGGACGCUCUCCUGAAAGGGAUCCCGGGGGUCCAGCCGUUUUUUGAUGACGUGCUAGUCGCCGCCCCGGACCCCGAAGAAUUCGGCAACCGUUUAAGAGAGGUACUCCGCCGGUUCCAGGCAGCGGGGCUCAAAGUCAAGAGGGAGAAAUGCCUGUUGGGGGUCCCACGGGUGGAGUUCCUGGGGUUCGCCGUAGACGCAGCGGGAAUCCACCCAACGGAAGAGAAGACCCGAGCCAUUGUGAAGGCGCCAGCCCCCACCUGCAAAGCGGAGCUACAAAGCUUCUUGGGAUCCGCGUUUCAGGCAGUCAAGGAUGUUUUGGUGUCUAACGCGGUGCUCCACCAUUUUGACGAGGGCCUCCCCGUCAUCCUGGCUUGCGAUGCGUCGCCAUACGGGGUGGGAGCAGUCCUGGGGCACCAACUCCCCGACGGGAGGGAGGUACCGGUCGCAUACUACUCCCGCACACUGACACCAGCCGAGCGCAACUACGCGCAAAUAGACAAGGAGGCUCUGGCAAUCGUUGCGGGGGUCCGCAAGUUCCAUGAAUACCUGUAUGGGCGGAGGUUCACCAUAGCCACGGACCACAAGCCCCUCUUAGGCCUGCUGGCCCCCGACUGUCAAACCCCCCAAAUACUGUCGCAGCGCGUGUUGAGGUGGAACCAAUCCCUCAACUCCUACACUUACACACUGGUACACAGGGCCGGCAAGGCUAUGGGUCACGCGGACGCGAGGGGCUGGCCGGAGGGGAACAUGGGGGAAGAAUUCAAGCCAUAUAAGACCAGGAGGGAGGAACUAGCAGCCCACAAGGGGUGCCUGUUAUGGGGAAGUAGGGUGGUGAUUCCGCCCCCGCUGCAAAAGCGUGUCCUAGAAUCCUUACACGAGACCCAUCCCGGCAUAGUCCGAAUGAAGGCCUUGGCCAGAAGCUACGUCUGGUGGCCGGGGAUGGAUGGGGAGAUAGAGAGCUGGGUCCGACGGUGCCAAACGUGUCAAGAGUCACGGCCCGAGCCCCCCAGCGCCCCCGCCACUAGGUGGGAGUCAACCCGGAAACCAUGGUCGAGACUCCACCUCGAUUUCGCGGGGCCACUCCAGGGGCAGAUCUUCAUGAUAAUAGUGGACGCCUACACCAAGUGGUUGGAGGUCAUCCCCGUAGGGUCCACCUCAUCCGCCGCCGCAACCCGAGCGCUGCGCAGGGUCUUUUGCACACACGGUAUCCCGGACACCAUAGUCUCAGACAACGGGGCCGCGUUCACGUCUGCAGACUUCCAGGCGUUCCUCCAUAGAUACCUGAUUAGGCACAUAAGAUCUGCCCCCUUCCACCCAGCCACCAACGGCCAGGCGGAGCGGAUGGUCCGCACCACGAAAGAAGCCCUGGGCCGAAUUGUGCAGGGGGACUGGGACCACCGAUUAGCGGCGUUCCUUUUCGAUAAUAGGGUCACCCCCAACCCGGUCACAGGGGUGAGCCCGGCAGAGCUCCUAAUGGGUCGCAAGAUUGGGGCCUUAGAGCGAGAAAGGGGUUCUGCUGGGGAGUCUUUGGUGUGGACUGGGCGUUUUAGGUUCACAGGGUGGUCGGGUACUAUGACUUUUGAGUGGGAGGUACUUGCACGGCUCUCUGCAUUGCAGGAUAGCAGUGUCAGCAGGGAGCAGACCAGUGAACAAACCCUGGAGAUGGAACUGGAUGUUGAAGUCGAGUCAGAUGGAGGUGCAGAGGUACAGGAGCCAGGUGUGGACCAGGAGCGACCGGCCCAGUUAGCACCGGCGGCGGUGGUGGUGACGCCAUCAGGGGUUGAGGUCCAACACCGAAAAACAGCCAGCAGCGGGGCCUUAUCAGAGGCCCGAUUGCAGCAGCUGAACUUCAGCCAAGCCCCUACAGUCUCCGUCCAGGCCGCUCUUCAGGAGCGCACCUUAUCUACGAUCCAAUCAGGCAGCAGAGGAGCAAGUGAAUACGCUGCUCAGCCUCCCGAUCUCAGCCUGGAGACUGAGAAACCACAAACACCUGUUAAAGCAUCCAUUGCUGAAGCGCAUGAGACUGUAACUAACAGACCAAUUCUGGAUGCUUCUGGAAAGCAGCUCAUAGAACUCAGCAGAAGGAUCUGUCCCUGGCAUGACAGUACAAGGGGUUCUGAGUCUAAGCCCAGACUGAAACAUUGUCUGAAGGGCCUACACCCUUCCCGAUGA